AUGUCUCAAUCAACGACUAAAAACGACGAGGCUGCCGCCAAGCCUACCAAGCCACAAUCCUUCACAACCUUUUACAGGCCUUGUGCCGUUAUUCCUGGCCACCUGUCAGGCCCGAUCAUCGGUGGAGCGUCUUUGGGAGUCUCAACAGACAUUGACACCCGGAUCAUGUCAUCAAAGUCUCCCGGCAAAGACCCAUGGAUGGGAUUCACCAUUGAGUUUCCACGCGGCAAGAACUGCGAGGACGAAGGCUUUGGCAUGUGUCAUUCACUGGAUCCUUCACAAGGGAUGCCUGGGACCAGCCACUUUGGUGUUCCCGUACCAGCCGAAACGCUCAGAAUCAAUGUCAAGUUUCCCCGCGGUGAAAUAAUGAGCACGUUUGAGAAAGCGGACGACAAGAACCAGCUACGGAAAAUGUUCCCCAAUGUGCCCGCGGACAAAGACCUGGUCCUCAUCGAGGUGUCCUGCAAAAGUGAGGUCGUGGUGGAGGGUCUAGGCUUGCCAUUCUCCAACCCUGGUCAUCCUGCUCACGGAUGGCUGAAUAAUAAUGAGCAUAUUGCCAAGGACAUGACACUCAUGAGCAUGUUCGAGCAAAGAGACUUCUGCAUUGUGGUAGCAAAGACACCCUUGGCCACACUGGAAAAGGAAUGGGACGAAGACAAACUGCCCCCCCCUUUCCGCUAUCCUUACAACGCAGAUCAGUCAUGGCAAGGCUUGUAUCCGUACAUCGACCAGCUCAAAGAAGCAAAAGGACCACAGUUCACGCCGGCCUGGACAUAUGUUGAUGACAAUUCUCACUUGGCUGUCACCUGCCAGUCUCAAGUCCAAGACGUCUUGUGGGUAGAAGAAGCCGCUCGUAAUAUUCGUUCAACACCACUGCCAGCCUAUUUUGUCGACCUGCCCUCCAAAAUGGGGUCAAUGUACUAUGUGAUUGUGCAACUGCCAAAGACUUUCAUUCGCAAGUACGAGUCAGCUUGGCGUCGUUUGACCAAAUGCGACUUCUUUAAGCUCAAUUUGUACGGCAGCUCGGAGGAAGCGGAGUAUCUAAUGCCGAAGGAGAAGUUCGAUGACGACCUCAAGAGGCCAAACUGGGAUGCAAAGUUUGUGAACAACCACAAUCACAGAGAAGAGCAUCUCGUGGAUCAUCCUACAGAAGCAGAGGAUUUGGUGCUUCUGGUUCGCCGUCCUGCCAAACACGAGCAUGGUCGUGACCCGCUGUACCAGAAUUGGGUCGGACUACACUUCGACGCGGACUUUAAUGAGGCGAGACGCAAGGUUGAGGCCGCUUGGGAGUUGCGCCCGGGUGCUAAACCGUCCAACCCGGGCGUUUUUGGUCUUGCUGGAGGUUCCAAGGAGACUUUCGACCCAGUCAACACAGAGUCGCGCGAGUUAAAGGUCUUGUGGGAUAUGCGAGUUCACCGCGCUCUCCUUAGAGGGACGGGAUUUUACGAAUGCCUUCGAGCGUAUGCCAGAAAUCCUUUGGACCCCUUGCAGGCAACCGCUGGCCAUCAAUUUGAAGGGACGCAUUACAAAGAGCCUUUUACUCGAGGCACAUCACUGUCGCCGCCUGUGCAAAGUCUUUUGCCUACCUCUGAUGAAGAUUUUGUGACUGGCCUAAUGGAAGAAGCUCAUCCUGACGACCGGGUUCGGUUUCGAAACUAUCUCAGCACGAGACAGCUUGGGCUUGGUCUAAUCACUGCAGGCCCUGGAUUCGGAAAGACAACAGCCCUCGCCGUUGCGGCUCUUGGGAUGAUUGCAAGCUUGGGACCAAUUUACCUCACAGCACCGACCAAUGUCGCCGUCAAUAAUGCAGCAGUCCGCCUUGCUAAUGUUGAUGCCCGUGUAACGGAACGACUCAACAAAGGCAAGAUGAUAGAUGAUUCAACCUUUCACCGUCGUCGCCUGAUAAUUCGUCCUUGGAACGCUGCAGACGAGCUCAUGGCUUUCGAAAACCUACUCCGCGACCCAGAAAGCCUGGAACAGGCCACACCGCGCCGAGGAUGGAGGUCGAGCAAGUGGCAGCUGGAGUUAUCAACCGCAUUUUGGCUGCUCAUAGUCCUAAGGUCUCCGGCAGUCAGAGAGCUCAGCCCGGAUGACAGUCCUCUCUUGCAUGAGCUGCGGAGGAUUAUUGACGCUGAUGCAGACAUGGCCAUUCUUCGGAGCAGAGCAACCGGCCAAGCCAGCUGGCAGGAGUACUUGGACUGGAAACGUGGCAUUCCUACCAAUGUGGUCAUCACAACGUUCUUCAACAUCCUCCAAGGUGCCGCGGAUGCUUUGUGUACCACCCCUGCCAAGUCUUGCGACGAUUUCAAAGGGUGGAAGACGAACAGGGCCAAGGGAAUUGCUGUUGAUGAGGCCGGCAACAUGACACGACCAGAUCUGUACUCCGUCUGGGGCAAUACUGGCAUCCCCUGUGUCCUCGCUGGAGACGACAAGCAGCUUCCACCAUUUGUGGCAACCAUGGAAGAAGUCGAUGAAGAGCAGAACGCCCUCAACAGACACGGCCCCGACGGCAAGAUCUCGCCGCUGCUGUUUUUCAAGGCAAUCGGCUGGCCAGUCUACAGACUCCGCAUCCAACAUCGCAUGGCUCAGGGUCAAUUCGACUUUUGCCACGACAAAGUGUACAGCGACGUGCCGUUCACAUAUGGGCCCGGUUGUCAGAUCCAGCUCCCACAGCACGAAAUCGGCCGCAAGUUGGAAAGCUACCUCGGCGCCAAGUAUCCCGAGCUGAGGCCCGCCGCACCCGGUCAACUCGCCCCGGUCUUUGUGCACUGUCAAGGCUCAUACACCUUCGUCGAUCCCGUGACGAAGUCGAAGCUGAACAUUGACCAGGUCAAGAUCGGCCUGGACUUGAUCUUGGAUUUCGUCAGGGAAGCCAGUGUCGAUCCCAAAGACAUUGCCAUUAUCAGUCCAUAUGCCGCCAACGUGGACAUGAUUGCCAAGAUACGGAGGAACCACAAGUACACUGCUCUUGCCAACAUGCCCCCGGCUUCAACCGUGGACUCUUUCCAGGGCCAAGAGGGAGACAUCACCGUCGUUUUAAUGGGCACCACUCGGGCAGUAGGACCUGGCUUCACUUGCAACGAGAACCGGCUCAAUGUCAUGCUCACUCGCCACAAGAGUGGCCUAGUCAUAAUUGGAGACCUGGAUGUGACUGGAAAUGUCGAAACUCUCCUGAAAAAGGCAAAAGAGAGGGCCAAGAAGGGCAAGGGCAAGGGCAAGGGCAAGUCCAUGGCAAACAAUCCUGAUGUCAUGCAGGUGGAAUCCAACACCGGAGAACGGGUGUAUGUCAAGGUCCACAUGUUGCGUGACCUCUGCGUUUCUUCGCACGAAUCGGGCCGUGUCAUCCACAUCCAAGUCCCCGAAAAGGACAAAAGUGGCAAAGACGGAGCGAAUGCUGGGAGGUGA